GAGCCGCAACCCAUCUCCCUGGAGCAGACGCGCUCUGUCGCAGAUGGUCUAGUCGCGAAGCUUGAAGAGCAGGCAGCUGCGGAGACCAAUGGAGACCGCUCGGCCGUGGGCGCAGGAGAAGAGGAGCCAGAGGAGAAUGGUGAGCAAGAAGAAGCAGGAGAGCAAGAACAAGGCCGAGAGGAAGAUGAAGAAGAGGAAAGCGAAGAUGAUGACAUUGAGAUUAUAAUGGAACCGCAGUCGCGCUCCCUGGACUUCCGGAAUCAACCGGGUCGACCACCAGCAGCCCGUUCUACUAGCGCCACAUUUUCAACACCACAGAGAGCUCCGCCGCAACAGCAACCGUCAUUAACUACCGAAUACACACCCCGUGAAAGGGGAGCUGUCGCCAAGCCUUCCUCCACCCCACAGCCCUCUGCACAAGCACAAACACAAGCAACGCAAUCACCUCUACCCGCACUAGCCGCGACCCCGGGGACCACAGAAAAGAUACACGUUCAAGAAGGGGAGAUCGAGAGUAACAAGGACUCUGGUCCUGACCCCAGCACACUCCCGCCUGCGAAGGCGCCCCCCUCUCAUCCGUCUAUCAACCCUUCCGCCCCGGGCACUGUCGAUGGCCGGUCGAUACUCGAAUAUGACCUUAACGCCAUGGCGGAGAAGCCUUGGAGAAGGCCAGGGUCUGACUUGAGUGAUUGGUUUAACUAUGGCUUUGACGAAAUCUCGUGGGAGGCGUACUGUUACAGAAGACGGGAGCUGGGCGAGCUUGCCACUAUGCUGAAGAGCAAUGUUCUUGGGUUCGCUGGCAUGCCGGAGGACCAGCUCAUCGCCCUCCCUCCGGAAGUCCGCACAAUGGUCAUGGCAGGCGCAACGGCUGUCAUGGCCAACGGUGGUGGCGGAGGUCCCGGAGGGGGCGGUAUGAUCCCUCCCGGGGCAGGGAUGAACAUGAACGGCGGGAUGAUGAACCAGAUGAUGGGCAUGGGCCAGAUGAUGAACCCCAUGAUGGACAUGAGCAUGGGCGACAUGGGCAUGAUGCAGGACGGCUCAGGUGGCGGCGGCGGACCCCAGGGUGGUGGGCAGGAAGGUAUGGGUAUGAACGUUGGCGGCUUCGUGCCCGAGAACGGACAGGGCAUGAUGGGCAUGGGCAUGAGCGAGUUUGGCGGGAUGCAGGAUCCGUCAGGCAUGGGGCAGCAGAUGUACCCGGGCAUGGACGGCAGCGGCACCCCGACGCCCGUUGCGCCAGCUCGGGGAGUACACCAAGGACAGUUCCGGGGCCGGGGUAUGGGACAGGGUUUGGGUCUGCGCGGACGAGGCGCAGGAUUCGCUGGCCGCGGGAGAGGAACGCCUGUGCGGCCUGCUUCGCCCCUUCCGCCUAACGUGCCUACGGGCCCGCGAAACAAGAAUAAGUACAAGGACAUCGACGGUAGUGCACCUGCGGUCGAAGGCCUCGACUAUGGCGGUGGAGGCGGAGGCGGCAAUGGUGAGCGCGAACGCAGUGAGCGGGAGCAUAGCCGUGGCGACAGGAAAGAACGCGGUACACCUGACGCAGUGGAAGAAACCAGCAUCAGCACCAGGAGCAGCAGGAAGCGGAGAGGCUCGACGGAUCGGGAUGAGAGCAGGAGCUCUAAGAGGAGAUAGCUUUUCUGGGACCGUCGCUUACUCUUACCUGUCGUUUGUGUAUCUACUUCGUUCCUGACUGCACGUACUUUUGAGUCUGAGCUGUUGUAGCGCGACAAAUCGCCGCCGGAUAUGCCAAAGGUAGAGCAUCCGUGAUUAGGUAGAAUAUAUAUGCACUACAGACCAGCCGCGAGAGCAGCACUCUGAGUCUAUGAAGGGGGAGCCUCGCCCUCCUGGGCCUCCGGCUCCAAGCUCUUUUUGAAUCCCUCGAGCGUCCUCGCCAGCUUCCCUCCACUUGCCUCGCCCAACACCAUCGACAUCUGCGCGGCCGGCGCACUGAGCAGCCCCACGAGCUGCGCCCUCAGCCCAUCCAGCGUCGGCAGCUCCGCCACGCUCUGCACGCCCUCCGUCUUGUACAGCCGCCCUUCAAUGAGCGCCCCCAGGAGCUUCAGGUCGGGCACAGGCGUCGGGCGCUGGCGCUUCGGGCGGCGCCCGGGCACGAACGCAGCCUCGACCGCUUUCCGUUCGUCGUCGAUCGCCUGCUGCGUCUUCGGCUUGCGCGGGGGGACCGAGCGCGCGAGCACGCGCAGGACGGCCUUGAGCUGCGGCGGGUUGAGCGUCGGGAAGGAGAGCGCGGCGAGCGUGCCGGGCACGGUCUUCGCGAGCUGGCGGCGCAGGGGCGUGUCGAGCACGCUCAGGUCGCGCAGGGCGACGCCGAAGAGCGACGUGCGCAGGAUGGUGAGCGUCGGGGGCACGUCGUGCGCGAGCGCGGGGGACGCGGCGGCGAGCGUCGGCGCGCUGACUUUCGCGUGCUUGGCGACGGCGUCGGCGAUGUCGGCGCGCAGGCGGAUGAGGCGCGGCGCGGAGAAGUCGGCGUGCUCGAAGAGGAUGAGGGGGCGCUCGAAGGAGGACUGGAGGAGGCGGGUGUAUUGGUUGUAGAGGUACGUCUUGCGCUCCGAGUACCGCCGCGGCACCGUCUUGCGGGGGUACACCACCGGCGGUUUCAGCGAGACGGCAUACGCUCGUGUUUGGACGAGUACCGGCCUCGGACUGGGCAGCAGUCGU